AUGUCUCAGCGACGGAGACGGAACCCCUUGAGUCCAUUUGCGCGGGGAUACACACCAGAAAUCAGAGAGGCCAUGGACCGAAUGCCGAUUCCAAACGAAAUCAAAUGUUGCGUCUGCAAGCGGCGUCGCCCGAAGUCGCAGUACUCGAACAAUCAGCUCAACUACCUCCGCCAGGCAAUGUUCGAUCUUGGCUACAGUAACAUCCGUGACCAACAGGUUGCUAAGUGUGGCCCAUGCACGAAUGCUCAGGUUUGUGAGGAGCUGUGUCAUCAUUGCGGUCACUACCGUGCCAUCGAUCAAUUUGCCAGAAACCAACGGAAUCGUGAGAAUCCGAUCUGCCAGCCCUGUAUGAACUACCAGAUGUCCCUCGAUCCUAUCGAUAAAGAUCUUGCAAUCACGGACAAAGCUGUGGUUGAGGAAAAGGGAAAGAAUGAAGGAGAGGAACUCAACUCUGAGUCUGCAGCUCACUCUGAAUCUGUGCCUCUGUCUGGGUCUGCGGGACGCCCUGAGUCUGUCGAUCUCUCUGACUCUCUGGGUCAGCCGGACAGCCUGGAGUGUGGCAUCGAGAAAGCACUUGUCCUGCAUGAUGACUCCUCGGAUAGUGAUAGUAAUGCGAACCGGGGUGGCUUCGCGAAAGUAAAGGCGCACCGUCCCCGCCAGCAGCCUGUUCCCGACCCCGAGCCCGCCCCAGGCUGGGCACCUGGCACCCGCAAGGUUAAUGAUGGCGCUCCUUGGAAAGGAGGAAGGUUUCUCUGA